UCUCUCUCUCUCCCCCUCUUUCUCAGUGCUUCGCCCUCCGUCUGCCCUUUCCCCCGGAUUUGCACCUCCCCCUCCCCCCCUUGGCGGUCCUCCUGAACACACGCCAGCGUGCGCGGUCUUUGACGACCCAUUUGGCCCCCCUCCCCUCGGAUGUUCCGGCUGACUCUGUCUACGGCCGCGCGGUUUGCUGGUGCCCACUUGGGCACGCGGACCGCCGCGCGAGCCGGCGCCCCGAUGGCCAUGCGGGCCUUUGCCUCGCAUGCCGCCGAGGCGUCCUCUUCCUCCUCCUCCUGGAAGCCCUUUCCCCAGGCGCUGGAGCUGCGCCUGCUGUCCAUCAAGUCCCGGCAGCAGUACCUGAUGGAGCGCCUGGCGUCGAGUGAUGAGUCCAUCACCCCCGCCGAGCGGACCAACCUCGGCCGGGAAAUGUCCACCCUCGGGCCGAUCAUCGAGCGGUACCAGAACACGCUGCAGAUCCGCGCCGAGCUGGACUCGCUGGACCAGAUGAUGCAGGCCGAGCGCGAUGCCGACAUGUUGGCCAUGGUGCGCGAGGAGCGCGAGGAGGCCCUCGCCCGGCUGGCCACCUCGGAGGACGCGCUGAUGACGGACCUCCUGCCGAAGGACAAGCACGAUGUGGCCAAUGCCAUCUUGGAAGUGCGGGCCGGGACCGGCGGCGACGAGGCGGCCAUCUUCACGCGGGAAAUGCUGCGCAUGUAUGAGCGCUAUGCGGCCGGGCGGCGGUGGAAGUUCGAAAUCCUGUCGCAGACGGUGGAGCACUCGACCCGGGGGCUGCGCGAUGCCACGGCCCUGAUCUCCGGGCGCGAUGUCUUCGGCAUCCUGAAGUACGAGUCUGGCACGCACCGGGUCCAGCGUGUUCCGCAGACCGAAAACCAGGGCCGCGUGCACACGUCCACCAUGACGGUGGCCGUGCUGCCGGAGGCCUCGGACGUGGACAUCAAGAUCCGCGAGUCGGACCUGCGCAUUGACGUCUACCGCGCCGGCGGGGCUGGCGGCCAGCAUGUGAACACCACCGACUCGGCGGUGCGGAUUACCCACAUCCCCACCGGGGUGGUGGUGGCCAUCCAGGAUGAGCGGUCGCAGCAUCAAAAUCGCGAGAAGGCCAUGAAGAUCUUGGCCGCCCGGCUGUAUGACCUGGAGCGCCAGCGGUUGGCCGAGGAGCGCCGCGACGCGCGCAACGAGCUCAUCGGCACCGGGUCCCGGAGUGAGAAGAUCCGCACGUACAAUGUCCAGCAGGACCGGGUGACCGACCACCGGAUUGAGGAGUCCCUGCACAACUACGCCAGCUUCAUGGAUGGCGACAUGCUGGACCAGUUCGUGGAGCGACUGCAGAAGCGCGACCGUGAGGCUCAGCUGGAGGAGCUGCUGGACACCGUGUAAAG